AUGGAACAAGAAGCUAUCAAUGCCGGCAGGCGCAUCUACCUAGGCAACCUCCCUUACGAGGCAAAGCCCUUCGAAGUUGAAGAAGCUCUAGCUCAAAACGGCUUCGAUACUCUGGACAAGAUUCACAUUUCCAUCGAUCCCGUCAGUGCUCGAAACCCCGGAUAUUGCUUCGUCGACUUCCACGACCGCGAAACUGCCGAGAGAGCUCUUUCAACUCUACCCUCGAAAGUAUAUAUAUACGGAAGAUCUUUGAAAGUUGGACCUUGCGAACCCAAGAAACCUCGUGAGCAACGUGGCUUUCGAAACGAAGAAUCGACUUCUCGACGAUGGGGAGACUGGAAUACGAGAUCGAGCACAAGCAAUAACUACAACGACGGCAAAGGCGAAAAGAAGGGACCUUAUUGGGCUAUCGACCAUUUCGAGGAUGUAGUGAGGGAUCAUGGUGGACGAAGACUAUAUGUUGGUGGCUUAGACAAAAUGAUUGAUCAAGCACAGCAUCAGGAGGAACUUGCACAGAUCUUUGCUGACUUCAAGCCAGCUGCGGUUGGGAAGCGAAUUACACCUCAUGAGAGCAAGAAGUCAUUUGGAAACAACCACUACUGCUUUGUUGAUUUCGAAACCAAAGAAGAAGCUAGCGCAGCAGUACAGGCUCUCAACGGCAAGGAGAUCGCAGGAGGACAGCUGAAGGUUUCAGUAUCUGAGAGGAUUCCUCAGAAGCUUGUGGGUCGUCAACAAGAUAUUGAAGAGGGUCGUCGACGCUUCAACAACAACAAUAACAACCGUCCCAAUAAGCCUGAAACGAAUAAUGCUAUGGUAUCCAACAACUGGCGCAGAAAGGAUUAG